AUGGAUCAGUUCCGCGCAGGUGGCCAGCGAGAACUUUUCGCGGGAGCGGAAGAUUUCGCUGAUGAUAUUCUUCGAAGAACGAGACAUUUUUUACCCCAUGUUGCUCGCCUUUGCUUAGUAUCCACUUUCUUGGAAGAUGGAGUUCGUAUGUAUUUCCAAUGGGAUGAUCAAAGACAAUUCAUGCAGGAGUCCUGGUCUUGUGGAUGGUUCUUAGCAACACUCUUUGUUGUUUAUAACUUUUUCGGUCAAAUGGUUCCUUGCCUCAUGAUCAUGUUGAGAAAGAAGGUGACCAUCUCUUGCGCCAUUUUAGCGUCCAUUGUUGCUCUCCAAACUGUUGCUUAUCACAUUCUUUGGGACUUGAAGUUUUUAGCUAGGAACGUGGCUGUCGGUGGAGGUUUAGUGCUUCUUCUCGCCGAGACUCAAGAGGAAAAAUCAUCUCUGUUCGCUGGAGUUCCAACUAUGGGAGAGAAGAACAAGCCCAAGUCUUACAUGCUUUUGGCUGGACGUGUUCUUCUUAUCUUCAUGUUCAUCACUCUGAUGCAUUUCGAGAUGAGUUUCCUUCAGGUUAUUGAGAUUGUUGUCGGAUUUGCUUUGAUUACCCUUGUCUCCAUCGGUUACAAAACAAAACUGUCUUCCAUGGUCUUGGUCGCUUGGUUGUUCUUCCUUAAUUUCUGGCUCAAUGCUUGGUGGACCGUCCCUGCUGAUCGUUUCUACCGUGAUUUCAUGAAAUACGAUUUCUUCCAAACGAUGUCUGUUAUUGGAGGUCUUCUUCUGGUCAUUUCCUACGGUCCCGGAGGAGUGUCAGUUGACGACUACAAGAAGAGAUGGUAA